AUGCCUGCCACCAACGGUACCAACGGCGUCGACAACGCUGCUCCUCGGAACGCCGGCGCGUUCCUUUUCACCUCCGAGUCCGUCGGCGAGGGACACCCCGAUAAGAUCUGCGAUCAGGUCUCAGAUGCCAUCCUCGAUGCCUGUCUCAAGGAGGACCCCCUCUCCAAGGUCGCCUGCGAGUCUGCCACCAAGACCGGUAUGAUCAUGGUUUUUGGCGAGAUCACCACCAAGGCCCACAUCGACUACCAGGCCGUCAUUCGCGGUGCCAUCAAGGAGAUCGGCUACGACUCCUCAGCCAAGGGAUUCGACUACAACACCUGCAACGUCCUCGUCGCCAUUGAGCAGCAAUCUGCCGAUAUCGCCCAGGGUCUUCACUACGAGAAGGCCCUCGAGGAGAUGGGUGCUGGUGACCAGGGUAUCAUGUUCGGCUAUGCCACCGACGAGACCCCUGAACUGCACCCCCUGUCCCACCUGCUCGCCCACAAGCUCAACAAGGCCAUGUCUGAUGCCCGUAGAAACGGAACCCUUCCGUGGUUGCGACCCGAUACCAAGACUCAAAUCACCAUGGAGUACAAGCGUGAUGGCGGUGCUGUCGUUCCCCUGAGAGUCCACACCGUCGUUAUCUCUGCCCAGCACAGCGAGGAGGUUACCGUCGAGCAGCUCCGAAAGCAGCUGAAGUCCGAGAUUGUCCAGAAGGUUAUCCCUGCCCAGUACUUGGACGAGAACACCAUCUACCAGCUUCAACCCAGUGGACUGUUCAUCAUUGGUGGACCCCAGGGUGAUGCCGGUGUUACUGGCCGCAAGAUUAUCGUCGACACGUACGGCGGCUGGGGUGCCCACGGUGGUGGUGCCUUCUCCGGCAAGGAUUUCUCCAAGGUCGACCGAUCGGCUGCCUACCUUGCCAGAUGGGUUGCCAAAUCGCUCGUUGCCUCCAAGAUCUGCCGCCGAGCGCUGGUGCAACUCAGUUACGCCAUUGGUGUAGCAGAGCCUUGCUCUAUCUACGUCGACUCAUACGGCACCUCGGAGAAGACUGACGCAGAGCUUGUCGAUAUCGUCAAGGCCAACUUCGACAUGCGACCGGGAGUUAUCGCAAAGGAGCUUGAUCUUGCGCGGCCGAUCUACAACCAGACAGCCAAGUUCGGCCACUUUGGUACCAACCAGGACUUCAACUGGGAGAAGCCCAAGACGCUCAAGUUCUAA